AUGCUCCUGACCGCCGUAGCUGGUGCUGGGAAAACGGCGAUUGCCCACUCAAUCGCGGAACGAUGUGUGAGAGAAGGGAUACUGUUGUCAAGUUUCUUCUUCAAAGCGGGAGAACCGUGGCGGCCCGACUCCAUGUUCAGCGCAAUAGCUAGAUCAUUGGCUGCCUAUGAUCCCGUUUACCGCGCCUUCAUUAACUCCACUCUUCGGAAAGACCCUUCCCUCUCAAGCGCUCCGUUCACAACGCAGUUCAGGAGAUUGGUUGCCGAUCCUCUCCGCCUAAGACCUCCAUCUUCCCACCGUCCCGCGGUGAUUGUCAUUGAUGCUUUGGACGAAUGCGAGCGGAAUGCGUUUAUGCUCCUUGCUGAUGUAUUUCGGAAAGAAGUGUCUAAGUUGCCGUUUUCUGUCAAGAUCUUUCUCACUUCGAGGGAGGUUAGCCUCGUGAAUGAUUCCCUCUCCCUGUUCCCUCUUAUCCAACGACUCAACAUUAAUCUUUCGAGUGGGGAGAACAUGCACGGCUGUGCCAAGUAUGUCUGCUCCCAAUUACGCUACUUGAAAGGGCCUCCUCUUGGCCCCACGGAGCAAGAUACCUUGGCACGACGGCUCUCAGAGCAGUCAGGUGGCUUGUUCAUUUGGAUCAACGCUAUCUUUCGCCACGUGAAGACAACCAAUGAGGCAUCGGUGGCGACGUUGAAGGGACUAUUAGAGACCAGUGCCGACCGGACAGGGGUUUUCGCUGAGAUCAUGGCUGAAUUUUACACCUCCGUAUUAGAGAAAUGCAACUGGGAGGAUGAGACCUUUGCCCAUGAUUAUCCAAUCGUGUUGGGAGCAAUUUUAAACUCACGGCAGCCGCUUUGUAUUGCGGCCUGGGAUGCCAUUCUAUCGUCGUCGCUUCAAUCCUCUGUCAAAUAUACCCUAACCGCACUCGACCCCGUUUUGAUGGGGGUUGCAGACCCUCACACGCCAAUUCGCUUGUUGGACCAAUCUUUUCAUCGCUUUAUCAUAGCUAGAACUGGUUCGCGACCGUCUGGCCUUCGCCGUUAUGUGCUGGAGGCGAAGAAAGGGUGUGCUUGGAUGGCUACGCGCUGCGUCGAAAUUUUGAGGGAGGGUCUCCCUUCGACAGAAGGUUUGGGGUUGAUUAGAGAUCUGCAGAGAGAAACCGAACUGCCAUGCAUCCCUUCAGAGACGCUAUCCGAGCACUUCCGUUACGCGUGUCGCCAGGUGGUUUAUCAUCUUAAUCAAGUUCAGGAGCCGUCAGAAACCCUCCAGGGGUUGGUUCGCACGUUUCUCGAUCAGCACAUAAUUCAAUGGGUGGAAGUUUGUGUGAGAUCAGGGCAGUACAUUAGCAUAUCGUCACUCCCAGAGUGGGCGAAGCUGGGUCUUGGUUCAACUUCAAAGGAGGCCGCCCACAUGUUGGUCAAAGUACUCACCAAGCUUGGGGGGAAUUUGGCAUAUUUUUCAAGGUUCGAAGAGGCACAUGAGGCAGUAGAUGGAUCUGUUGUACUCUGUCGUUUGCUUGUAUCUAUGGGCUCAGAGUCCUACGACUUAGAUUUGGCUCAAUUGCUCACAGAUCUGCUCACAUCACUCCACAAGGUCAGACGGCAUUCCAGGGCAAUCACAGUGGUCGAAGAAUGUGUCAAACUCUGUCGCGAGCUAGUUGCCCUUGAUCCAGCAUCACACAACCCAAAUAUGGCUGACUCCCUUCUCAAUCAAGCCGUCACACUCCACAAUCUCGGACGAAAUUCUGAGGCACUCCAAGUGUAUGAAGAAUGUGUCAAACUCCAUCGCGAGCUAGUUGCCCUUGACCCAGCAUCACAUAACCCGAAGUUGGCUGACUCCCUCCACAAUCAAGCCGACACACUCCACAAUCUCGGACGAUAUUCCGAGGCACUCCAAGUGAAUGAAGAAUGUGUCAAACUCCGUCGCGAGCUAGUUGCCCUCGAUCCGGCAUCAUACAACCCAAAUUUGGCUUCCUCCCUCUACAAUCAAGCCGUCACACUCCACAAUCUCGGACGAAAUUCCGAGGCACUCCAAGUGGAUGAAGAAUGUGUCAAACUCCGUCGCGAGCUAGUUGCCCUCGAUCCAGCAUCACACAACCCAAAGUUGGCUGACUCCCUCUACAAUCAAGCCAUCACACUCCACAAUCUCGGACGAAAUUCCGAGGCACUCCAAGUGGAUGAAGAAUGUGUCAAACUCCGUCGCGAGCUAGUUGCCCUCGAUCCGGCAUCACACAACCCAAAGUUGGCUGACUCCCUCUACAAUCAAGCCGUCACACUCCACAAUCUCGGACGAAAUUCUGAGGCACUCCAAGUGGAUGAAGAAUGUGUCAAACUCCGUCGCGAGCUAGUUGCCCUUGAUCCGGCAUCACACAACCCAAAGUUGGCUUCCUCCCUCCACAAUCAAGCCGUCACACUCCACAAUCUCGGACGAUAUUCCGAGGCACUCCAAGUGAAUGAAGAAUGUGUCAAACUCCGUCGCGAGCUAGUUGCCCUUGAUCCAGCAUCACACAACCUAAAGUUGGCUUCCUCCCUCCACAAUCAAGCCGUCACACUCCACAAUCUCGGACGAUAUUCCGAGGCACUCCAAGUGAAUGAAGAAUGUGUCAAACUCCGUCGCGAGCUAGUUGCCCUUGAUCCAGCAUCAUACAACCCAAAAUUGGCUGACUCCCUCCACAAUCAAACCAUCACACUCCGCAAUCUCGGACGAAAUUCCGAGGCACUCCAAGUGUAUGAAGAAUGUGUCAAACUCCGUCACGAGCUAGUUGCCCUUGAUCCAGCAUCACAUAACCCGAAGUUGGCUGACUCCCUUCACAAUUAA